AUGAAGUGUGACGACCGUGGCGAAGUUGAAGCUGGACGCCCUUCCACCAACGCGGCACGCCCUCCCCUCAGGCCUCAGGCCUCAGCUGGGCCCAGGCUGGGUCUUAGGAUCAGCCAGGCGCCUCCCCACAGUGACUGGGUGAGGAGAAAUCUGGCAAGUUCGACUUGGAUAUAUCUACCGGGAUGGCGUUCAUCUUCACAGUUUGACAAUUUCAAUAUGAUUUGGGACUGCAUCAUAACUUGA